AUGUCGUCUGAAGGUAAAGAGGUGAUCACCGAGGCAGCGGAGGGAUCGUCAUCCCAGCCGAAGCCGACGAAGACUGUUGUUACUCUCGUGUCUUCCGACGAAGAGAAAUUUGAGGUAGACAUAGCGGUAGCAAACCAAUCGGAGAUGAUCAAGAAUCUGAUUCUAGACAUGGAAGACGAUGUCGAUGAGUUCGUAGUCCCCGUGUUAAACGUUACUGGUCUCGUGCUCGCCAAGGUGAUACAGUACUGGGAAAAGCAUGCCGAGGCGAUCGACAGAGACCAACUCGAAGCGUUCGACAUGGCGUUCGUGGAUAUGAACAAGGAACUGUUGUUCCAGGUCCUAAUAGCUGUAAAUUUUCUCGAGUCGAGGCCGCUGCUGAACCUGUUGUGCAAGACCAUCGCUGACGGCAUUAAGGAUAUGUCGGUGGACGAAGUCAGAGCGUACUUCUCAAUCGAGAGCGAUUUCACCGAGGAGGAGGAGCGGCAGGUUCGAGAUGAAAACCAAUGGGCCUUCGAAGAACAAUAG